UAGUACGAUUUCUUGUUUAUCAGCUUCUGGGCAGAUAGGCGUCAGCCUGCUAAGGGUUGAUCAUAGUAGGAUUAACGAUGAACUUCACCAGAGUAAAGCACAUUUGUUCUCGAAUGUUUAUGCUACAUUUGGUGUCUGAAUUGCUGAUUUUCAACUGGCAACCUAAACGAAUUUCAAUAUUAUCUUGGUAAAAACGUGGAAUAUAUACACUCUUUUUUUAUAAGAACCAGUAAAUUUAAGUUCAGGCUGACCGUUCUUAAUUUUUUCGAAAAUCUGAGGCUGGAUUGUUCUUAAUUUGUUCUUAAAUUAAGAGGGUGUAAGCAAUGCUAUUGCAAGCUUUUUCGCUCUUAGGAGGUGUUCAAGCCUCAUUUGCCAACAAAGUGAGUGAGACAGCCUUAAUUUGCUGACAAAUUUGAAUAUUCGCCGAAAAAGCACCCACACAUCGCUAAAAAUCCUCGAUUUUGAGAAAAAACGUUGUUCAAAAUUGUAUUUGGCAGAAGCUCAGCCUCAGCUUGUUCUUAAUUUGUUCUUAACUUUUGACCAGUUUUGAGGCUCGUGUUUUUAUAAAAUUGUUCUUAUAAAAAAAGAGUGUAUAGCGCAGUACUAAAAAUCGAUAUUUUUAAUUCUGUUAAUCAAACUGUUAUUACCAGUGUUAUUAUCAGGAAGUGCCCUUACCGCUUUUCGUUUUUUUGUCAAGAUCUCGACAGAUUUUUCUCUUAUUGAAAAUUUUUGUAGAAAUUUCAUGCAAACAGUCCUUUAUUUUUCCGCUGAAUAUCCAAAAUCCCCUCCACAUAAUCAUCCAAAUCCGACACUCGCAAGAUUUAUUGGAUCCUCAAAUCCGUGCGAAAAAAUCUGUCAUCUGAAGAAUUAUACCUAUAUAUUUAGCUGCCGGAUUUUUAGCUUUAAAUAUUGAAAUAUGAUAUAACAUUUUGAGCUUUUAACAUUACAUUAUUUUUAUUUCAUUUUUAACCGAGCCCUUAUUUAUAAUAAUACCUGAAAAAAUUUACCUUGUAUAAGAAUUUAUCUUAUUAAAUGUAUAGCGAGGCAGUACAUACAGAUAACUUCAAAGGUUGGUUUUGUAAAGAGCUUUUGCCCAUUUUUGUCUUUCUGGAAGUGAAAAACCGAUAAAGUUCAGAAUUUUAAUGUGACGUAAACUUAAUUAGAUUUGUUUAAAUGUAAAAGCAGCCUCUCUGGGUACAUUUGAUAAAAAGAGGUUGUUAACGUUCAGGGCACAAUGCCCUCCAAGGAAAUAUUUACUCAUUUUAAAAGAUUCGUUGAUGAAAUUUGAACUUGGUUAUGGCUCCGUUGUAGUAAACAUUGAUUUUGAAUCAGCCUUUACAGUUCACUAAGCAGUUGCUUGCGUCACAGACCAAGCCGAUUUUCAAUCCUAAACAGUCGAUCACCGGAGCAUUGUAAUUUUUUUAGCGUUUUAUCGUUGUCAUCAUUAAGCUGGAUUUAUUUUCUUUGUGCUUUAAAUGGUUGGUUUGCGUGAUGAUAUUUUUGGUUGACUUUGGCAAUGGGAGCAUGAAAACAAACUUUGAUUGUACGAUACGAAGUACUAAAGAACGGUUAAUUUUCUACUCGGGAGAAUAACAUCAACAGAGGAUUGUAUUCACUUUAAUAAAAAUAGCUUCCUCAGAAAAAACAUUGACACAUCCCUCGUGAAAUCAGGCAUUGAGGCUACAUUCCCUCAUCACAGGGAGCAGCGUUGGGCCGUUGGUGCAUCGGCACAAGUUGCUCCACCUAACCCAAAUAAAACCCUAAACCUUAGAUAUAGCUUGAUUAACUCAAGUGCAAGCUGUUUUACGUUCUGGGCAGGGGAUGGACAAGAAAAUAUCACUUUUCCCCACCAGAGAGCCGAUGCACCAGUCCUACCUUCGAUUCCUAAGGUAAGAAAGGGAAAGACAAAAUAUGACAGGAUAAAAAGCCGGACCCAUCCUAAACUAAAAAACAACAGGACCUUUUAAAGAAUACUGUGAUGUAGGUAAGCUCCAAUUCCUAAGAGAACAAAAAAUUUUAAAAACGACUUGAAAAAAGAAAACACACUUUGCUAGAUACCAAAAAGGGAGGGAGGGUACGGGAAAAGAGAAGAGCGUUGAAAAGUCUACCAACAAUCACGAUAAGCCCAACCCAAACGCCUUAAUACCCUCAUCAGAGCCAAGGGACCAACAACUCCAUGUAGAGACCCAAAAUACAGAACUCCUACUGCCCUAAAUCCCAAAUGCAUCGAAAAGGGCACAUAAGGACCAACUACCAGAAUGAAAGCAUGAUAAAUGACACCAAAAGGGGAAAAGACAAUUCGGAUAAAAGUAAAACCUCUAGUAAAUCAAAUUCUACAAUAUCCCUCGUGGAAUUAACUCUGAUAAAAAUUCAUUUAUCCGCAUCAAAACGGAUUGGUCAAGUUGGGAUACUGCUGGUUGAGAUUGCCUUUGAUGUUUGCGGUUCCAUCUUACAUUGUAAAGAAAAAUAGACUUCUUGACCUAACAAAGAACUCCUCCAUUAUAACCCAAUUUUAAAGACAAAUUGAAUUUCAUUCAUAUGUCUACCUCCUUUUGCCUUCGGCAGAAUGAAAGCAAGUAAUAUUUCCUAUGUGUUCAUGAUACUUUGACAUUUUAAGUCUAAAUCAAUCAUAUUACUUAAAAUAAUUGUAUCUAGUUUAAGGAGAUGAAAAGGUCGAUUGCUCCUAUUGAUUGCAGAAUCAUGGACCGAAAACGAAGCAAACAAAUUCAGCUGAUAAAUACCAUAAGCCCUGAGCCGUUCUAAGACGGUUCAUGUGUUUCGGUCAAUAAGUUUCUUUUUCAGUCACGUAGGCCAGAAAGGUACGACUGACACUCGGGAUGCGAGGGUUUUUCCAGUUGUUUUUAAGUUUUUAAGAAAUUAAGCAACAGUGGCUUUGGUCAUAAUAAGUAACUUUGAGACUGAAAGAAGAAGCAACUAAGCGAGUUGCUGCAGUAUGCGGAAAUUAUUUUUCUUCUUCCUGCUAACUGGUCCACUAAAUCUGGUUGCAGCUUCCGAGAAUUGCAAGUGUAGCAGAAAAGCAUGCAGAGUCCCAGCAAAUUGCACCCAUGGACUGGUCUGGGAUCAUUGCUAUUGUUGCCGCGUCUGUGCUAAGCAUGAAGGUCAAAUUUGUGGUGGAAAGAACUAUGUGAAUGGAGAAUGUGGAAGGAAUUUGGAGUGCAUUGUGAGGUAUACCGGAAGAUAUCUGAACAGAUUUCAAGAGAAGCCCAGCCACCUCACAGGACGUUGUGAACCAUACUCGUGUUUGUUUGAGAAGUGCCCGUUUGGUCAGCGCUGUUUUGUCCAAGACAACUACACUCAUUGUGACUGCAACAUCAGUUGCAUGGGAAUGCUUGAGCAGGCUGUCUGUGGCGAAACUGAUGGCAAAUAUUAUAAGAACGAAUGCGAGCUCAGGAAAGAAGAGUGCAGAAUUGGAAGGAGAAUAGGAGUUUCAAUUUCACCGUGCCCCGGAUCUAAAAUAGCUCAAAUCUUUUGCCAGCCACUGGAAAUGAAGUUGGAAGUAGUUCGCAAAAUUUUUGGGAGGCGAAGGCCAAGCAGGCUUGUACUUAAUGAUCCAUCAUGCAAAGCGGUCGUUAAUAGGACGCAUGUUACUGUAUCAACAUUUCUAAAUAGUUGCGGAACCAAAGCGAAGUAUACAACAUCAUCUGUAAUAUAUUCAAACACAUUACGAACCUUACCGCCAAGGAAUUCUCUUAUAAGCAGAGGGAAGAAAGUUAAAAUUCCUUUUCAUUGCGAAUAUUCCUUGAGAGAAAGGACCCAAAAUCGAGUGAGGUUUACACAGGUGCGGCCUCCUAUUGAUAUUUCGGUCGAACCCAGGAAAUAUACAAAGAGUUUAGGAGGCGGAAUUUUUGUGGAAGUGGACACAACAAAAAACUACACGGUUAUGCUGAGAACUGUUAAAUACCGUGGAUUGAACGUGAAAUUGAUACCGACACAUUGUUAUGCAACUUCGAUUCAACGCAGUUUGCGACUUACAAGAUUUGUUAUUAUAGAUAAAGGAUGCCCAACUGAAGCAAAUGUGGCAAUCAAAUCUGUUUCGAACACGACGAUUAUUCUUCAAAUUCCAGGAAUCCGAUUUAAAAGAUCAAGAAAAUCUGGCUCGUACGUACGAUGUAGAAUUGAGGUUUGUUUCCUGAAUUCAGGUGAAGGACUAAGCGAAUGCCAGACUAAAUGCAGGCCUACACAGCCUGUAACUAGGAAACGAAGGUCUUUAAACACAUCAUUAAAUAACCGACAAUUGAUGCAUUUCGUUGGGUUGACUUUGCUUAACAGGAAGUCCCUAUUUAUCCCAAGCAGAAAGCGCUCGUAGAAAAUAUAAAUUAGACAUUAUGAAAGCUUUAGAAGUUUACAUUAUAAAUACUUCAGCAGUCUUAAUGUGUUGUCAAAAAAGCCAAACCCGGACUCAUGGAUAAGUUUAUAAAGAAUAAAACGUUGAAUAGCUUUUACCUGAAUUGUUAUGGAGAUUAGCUUUGCAAACAGCCUCAAAAAGCUAUAGAGAGAUGGGCUUUGCCAAAAUUGGCAUCAUAAUUAUCAUAGCUCAAUUUUCAAAGAAUAUAUUUUUUACCCUACCAAACUUAGUGUAUAAAUUUAUAACGUAACCUUUAAAUUAUUUAUUGUUGAUUUUAAACUUAUAUUUGCAGCAUCAAUAGUAGUUUUCAACUCUGAAACAAUAGCCCCAUUAUUGAAAAUUUAUUUUUAUCAUAGCUUUGUAGAAUUAGAAUUUUUAUUACUGAACAGUCUAGUUCAUAAAAUAACGUCAUCUAAAUAUUUAGCAAUCGCUUUUAGUAAGCUGAAAU